AUGGGGGUAGUCCUUACGUUGGUGUUUGACGUGGUGCGCUUCUGGCACAGAAAACUCAAGGAAUGGUACGCGCGAAAGAGCCCCGUCGAACUCUGGCUCGACCUGCUCCGCAACGCCGAGGCCUUUGAGGACUGGGAAGAGGCCGCCCUCCACCUCGACAACCUCCUGGGGCUCGACCUCUGGCGCAACAACCCGACGUCCAAGUACUACGACUACCGCCUCAUCCACGAACGCCUCAACUCCUUCCUCGAGGCCAACGAGGACGCCGACGUCAACCACCUCGUCAACCUGCUGCGCUCCGGCCUCGUCCGCAACCUCGGCAACAUUAGCUCGCCAAAGCUCUACAACCGCGCCUUCGCCGGCACAAAGUACCUCAUCGAAGAGUACGUCACCCACGUCGCCGAGGCCGUCGACGAUGUGACGGCCCUGCCGACGACGCCGCCCGCCGUCGAGUCGCCGUCGCGCAGCGGCACCGGCAACACUGUCAACAGCACCAGCAGCAACGACAAGGGACGCCCCCCGACGGCGACCAUCGUCAGCGCCGCCGCCGCAACGCUGACGAACCAGACCAAGCUCGACUUCAUCCACGACACGCGCCAGGCCUUUGGCCGCAGCACCCUCGUCUUCCAGGGCGGCGCCAUCUUCGGCCUCUGCCACCUCGGCGUCGCCAAGGCCCUGUUCCUGCGAGGGCUCCUGCCCCGCAUCAUCACCGGCACAGCCACCGGCGCCCUCAUCGCCGCGCUCGUGGCCAUCCAUACCGAGGAGGAGCUGCCGGCCGUGCUCAGGGGCGACGGCAUCGAUCUGUCGGCCUUCUCCCCCAAGGCCGCGGCCGACGACGGGUCCGUCGCGAAGCAGUCGUUUGCGUCGCGGUGGCAGACGCUGCUGCGGAGGGGCAGGCGGUUCUGGAAGGAGGGCUACUUCCUCGACGUCAAGGUCCUCGAGGACUGUGUGCGGGCCAAUGUUGGCGACCUGACCUUUGAGGAGGCCUAUAACCGGAGCAAGCGCGUCUUGAACAUCACCGUGGCCACGGCUGGCCAGGGCGGCGUGCCGACGCUGCUCAACUACCUGACGGCCCCGAAUGUGCUCAUCUGGACGGCAGCCGUGGCCUCCAAUGCCUCAUCAGCAAGCCUCUACGGCCACCGCGAGACGACGGUCCUCUGCAAGGACGCCCAGGGCCACAUUGUCCCGUGGGCGCCCGCCAACACAAUCGACUUUCGCCACUGGACGCACGUGUCCUACUCGGAGCGCGAGUCACCCCUGCUACGCAUCGCCGAGCUCUUCAACGUCAACCACUUUAUCGUCUCUCAGGCCCGGCCCUACCUCAUCCCCUUUCUGCAGAGCGACAUGCACGGGCCCUCGCUCCUCGAGACGCGCAGCAAGACAACCACGUCCGUCACGGCCUUUCUCGUCCGCAUGGUCGGCCUCGAGCUUCGCCACCGCCUGCGCCAGCUCGACACGCUGCAGAUGUUGCCGGCCAGCAUCCGCCGCUUCCUCGUCGAUGAGCGCGUCCCCGGCGCCGCCCUGACCCUCGUCCCCGAGGUCACGGCCGGCGACUUUGUGCGCCUGCUCGAGACGCCCACGCGCGAGACGCUCGACUACUGGAUCCUCCGCGGCGAGCGCAGCGUCUGGCCCGCCGUCGCCGCGCUGCGCGUCCGUUGCGCUGUCGAGAACGAGCUCGACAGGUCCUACCAGAAGGUCAGGCGCUUCAAAGCUGGGGGCCUGCGGCGGAAGGGCUCCGUCGCCGGGCCGGGCAGCAUGGAGAAGGAGGCUCUGGGCGGUGGGGGGAGGUAG